GUCGUCCCGGUCCCUUCCCAAACAGUCGUCCCGGUCCCUUCCCAAACAGUCGUCCCGGUCCCCUCCCAAACAGUCGUCCCGGUCCCCUCCCAAACAGUCGUCCCGGUCCCUUCCCAAACAGUCGUCCAGGUCCCUUCCCAGACUGUCGUCCCUGUUCCUUCCCAAACAGUCGUCCAGGUCCCUUCCCAGACAGUCGUCCCGGUUCCUUUAGCACCGCCUGCUUCCUCCACUUUAAGCCUACUUCCUUCUUUCCAUAAAGAUCAUGACUACACCUUUAUUAAGCUCGGCCCUGCUCCGAGUCAACGUGGCUCAAAGUCAAUUCAACCGAGCCCCGAGUCCGGCUCCAGCCAGCCUCCCCAGGGGGUGGAGGAGCAGCCAUGCGUGACAAGCAGUCAGGAUGACCAAUGUGAGAGCCAGAAAGGAAAGAGAACCCGGAAGCCGACUAAGAGGGCCAAAGAUCUCCAGGAAGCCACUGAGGCAACGGUUGAAGCCAAGAAGAAGAGAACUUCUACGCCUCCACGGAAGAAGCGCCCUCGUAAAUCUCGCGCUAAAAAGAAAGUUAUUUUGAAGACGGCGCCGGGGACUCAACCCCGCGGCUUCCCUUUACUUCCCAGUCAGUUGAUGUGGGUGAUGACUCCCGGGGGUCUGGUCCAGCUGACAGAGGGGCCCCUGCCACCAAACGCUCGCCUCCUAGCUCCACCCGGGAAUGUUUUGAAUCAUCCGGUCACGCCCGCUCUGCGAUUCACCGCCGGCAGCCCGCAAUUCACCACACCCCAAACCACAGCUGCUGUCCCCGUAAACCGCCCCAGUAUGAAUCAGCCACGCCUUCUUCCUGCCCCACCUACCUCUGCCUUCAGGCCCAUCCCCCCAGCCUUCAUCCGGCAACCUGUCUCAAACCCCCGUCUCCCCCCUCCUCCCCCUAAACUCUUCCUGCCUUAUAAAGGCACAGUGACACCGGACCCAACAGCGCCCCCUCCCCUCAGAAGGGAGGCGCUGCAGUGCGACCCCUCCCUGAUGUUCCUUGAGCCCCAGGACGCGGUGCAGGAUUGGCUGAGCGGUCGAGGAGGCGUGGUGGUACCUGGAUUGAGCGUGGCUUUUCCCUACCUGCCGCCCUUCGUCAGCAGUCUGAGCACGCUCAGUGUGCUGCUUCGGGCCAAGAAGUCUCUGACCAAGUCAGUCCUGAAGCUGCUGAGACGGGGCCCCCAACCCCGACGGCCACACAAACCAGGCAGCCGCCCCGAGGGGACAACCACGCCGUCUCCAGACCUGCCGGACUCCACCUCUGAUCUCCGACCAGCCGGGGACCCUCCAGCGGCGUCUGCCCCCCCGCAGGAGGGCGAGGAGGAGGAGGAG